AUGAAAGUGUUCAUAGCUGGAACAGAGGUUGAAUUGAAUGGGAAUGAAACUAUGAAAAUUGGUGAAGAGACCAGUGAAAGUGGGUUUACGGAUACACAGAGAUGUAAAGGAAAUGUUAGGAUGUUGGUGGUUGAGAUAGGUAAGGAAAAGAGGCACUUAUCCACAACGCUGGCAGUUGGAAGUCAAAGGCAGUUGGAGGAUCAAAAUGCUGGUACCUCAAUGGAUUUUGGUGUAGAGCAAUGGAGCAAAGAAUGGAAGAAUACAGUCAUUCUUCUAACAACACCAAGUUUUUACUCUCAAGAGGGUAUUCACUUAUUUGCCUUAUUUAAUUCUGGUAUUAUACUCGAGGUUGGAAGCUACAGUGGAUACAAAAUCUACCCAGGUCAUGGGAAAAGAUAUAUACGUCUAGAUGGAAAGUCUUUCAAUUUCCUGGACAAAAAAUGUGAGAGAUCCUUCUUGAUGAGAAGAAAUCCACGAAAGAUUUCAUGGACUGUCCUUUACCGUAGAAAACACAAAAAGGGCUCAGUUGAAGAGGUCUCGAAAAAGAGAACGAGACGAAAUGUUAAAUUCCAACGAGCCAUCCAGGGUGCAACUCUUGACGCUAUUUUGGCCAAACGCAAUCAGAAGCCUGAAGUAAGAAAAGCACAAAGAGAGCAGGCAAUAAGAGCUGCUAAAGAUAAAAUCAGGCAAAAGAAGGAUGCUAAAAAGAUGACAAAGGCCGCACAACAACCAGUGAAGACAAAAGCUCCAACAAAACAAAAAGGUGGAAGAAGUACAGGUCGUGUUGGUGGAAAACGUUGAAUGUAAAUUAUCGUGCAUUUCACUAUAAUAAAUUGUCAUGGUUUAAUGGUAUUUGCAUUUUUUUAGUUUUAUGUUUUAAUUCAUGCUUCAUUGUUCAAUGUUGUGUAAUCUGGUUGUGAAUUAA